GCCAAGUAGCGAGGGGGCGGAGUGUGGCCGCCGGAAACCCAGCCGCUGCUGGGGGGAGUUGCAGGCGAAGGCCCGGGAGCAGCGGGCCGAGGCUGGCGCGAUGCUGUUCCCGGGAAUCCUUGUUGGGUACUGGUGAGGAAGGUGAAGCACGGAGUUCCCUUCCCGGGCCCUCGGCGCCCCCUAUGUACACCUCCCUGGGCUCGGGGCCGGUCGCCGCUUUGCCCGCUUCUGGACCACCCUCUUCUCUCAGGUCCUGGAGCUCCGGCGGCCGCAGGGGCUGUGUCCCGCAGGAGGGGAAGCGCCCAGGCUGCGUCCGUGCUUCUGGCCACGGGACGAGCGUCUGGCAGGUCCAAGGGUAGCCAAGGAUGGCUGCAGCUUCAUAUGAUCAGUUGUUAAAGCAAGUUGAGGCACUGAAGAUGGAGAACUCAAAUCUUCGACAAGAGCUAGAAGAUAAUUCCAAUCAUCUUACAAAACUGGAAACUGAGGCAUCUAAUAUGAAGGAAGUACUUAAACAACUACAAGGAAGUAUUGAAGAUGAAGCUAUGGCUUCUUCUGGACAGAUUGACUUAUUAGAGCGCCUCAAAGAACUUAACUUAGAUAGCAGUAAUUUCCCUGGAGUGAAACUACGGUCAAAAAUGUCCCUGCGUUCUUACGGAAGCCGGGAAGGAUCUGUAUCUAGUCGUUCAGGAGAGUGCAGUCCUGUUCCUAUGGGUUCAUUUCCGAGAAGAGGGUUUGUAAAUGGAAGCAGAGAAAAUACCGGUUAUUUAGAAGAACUUGAGAAAGAGAGGUCAUUACUUCUUGCUGAUCUUGACAAAGAAGAAAAGGAAAAAGACUGGUAUUAUGCUCAACUUCAGAAUCUCACUAAAAGAAUAGAUAGUCUUCCUUUAACUGAAAAUUUUUCCUUACAAACAGAUAUGACCAGAAGGCAAUUGGAAUAUGAAGCAAGGCAAAUCAGAGUUGCAAUGGAAGAACAGCUAGGUACUUGCCAGGAUAUGGAAAAACGAGCCCAGCGAAGAGUAACCAGAAUUCAACAAAUAGAGAAGGACAUACUUCGUAUACGACAGCUUUUGCAGUCCCAAGCAACAGAAGCAGAGAGGUCAUCUCAGAGCAAGCAUGAAGCCGGCUCACAUGAAGCUGAGCGGCAGAAUGAAGGUCAAGGAGCGGCAGAAAUCAACAUGGCAACUUCUGGUAGUGGUCAGGGUUCUACUGCACGAAUGGAUCAUGAAACAGCCAGUGUUUUGAGUUCUAGUAGCACACACUCUGCUCCUCGAAGGCUGACAAGUCAUCUGGGAACCAAGGUGGAAAUGGUGUAUUCAUUGUUGUCAAUGCUUGGUACUCAUGAUAAGGAUGAUAUGUCACGAACUUUGCUAGCUAUGUCUAGCUCCCAAGACAGCUGUAUAUCCAUGCGACAGUCUGGAUGUCUUCCUCUCCUCAUCCAGCUUUUACAUGGCAAUGACAAAGACUCUGUGUUGUUGGGAAAUUCCCGGGGCAGUAAAGAGGCUCGGGCCAGGGCCAGUGCAGCACUCCACAACAUCAUUCACUCACAGCCUGAUGACAAGAGAGGCAGGCGUGAAAUCCGAGUCCUUCAUCUUUUGGAACAGAUACGAGCUUACUGUGAAACCUGUUGGGAGUGGCAGGAAGCCCACGAACAAGGCAUGGACCAGGACAAAAAUCCAAUGCCAGCUCCUGUUGAACAUCAGAUCUGUCCUGCUGUGUGUGUUUUAAUGAAACUUUCAUUUGAUGAAGAGCAUAGACAUGCAAUGAAUGAACUUGGUAGGAAGGCUACCCGGGGCAUUUCAUCACAGGAGCUAGGGCAGGGGCUUUCAGGGGGACUGCAGGCCAUUGCAGAGUUAUUGCAAGUGGACUGUGAAAUGUAUGGGCUUACUAAUGACCACUACAGUAUUACAUUAAGACGAUAUGCUGGAAUGGCUUUGACAAACUUGACUUUUGGAGAUGUAGCCAACAAGGCUACACUGUGCUCUAUGAAAGGCUGCAUGAGAGCGCUUGUGGCCCAACUAAAAUCUGAAAGUGAGGACUUACAGCAGGUUAUUGCAAGCGUCUUAAGGAAUUUGUCUUGGCGAGCAGAUGUAAAUAGUAAAAAGACAUUGCGUGAAGUUGGAAGUGUGAAAGCACUGAUGGAGUGUGCUUUGGAAGUUAAAAAGGAAUCAACCCUCAAAAGCGUAUUGAGUGCCUUAUGGAAUUUGUCAGCACAUUGCACUGAGAAUAAAGCUGAUAUAUGUGCUGUAGAUGGUGCACUUGCGUUUUUGGUUGGCACUCUCACUUACCGGAGCCAGACAAAUACGUUAGCCAUUAUUGAAAGUGGAGGUGGGAUAUUGCGGAAUGUGUCCAGCUUGAUAGCUACAAAUGAGGACCACAGGCAAAUCCUAAGAGAGAACAACUGCCUACAAACCUUAUUACAACAUUUGAAAUCUCACAGUUUGACAAUAGUCAGUAAUGCGUGCGGAACCUUGUGGAAUCUCUCAGCAAGAAAUCCUAAAGACCAGGAAGCAUUAUGGGACAUGGGGGCAGUCAGCAUGCUCAAGAACCUCAUUCAUUCAAAGCACAAAAUGAUCGCUAUGGGCAGUGCCGCAGCUUUAAGGAAUCUCAUGGCAAAUAGACCUGCAAAGUAUAAGGAUGCCAAUAUUAUGUCUCCUGGUUCAAGCUUGCCAUCUCUUCAUGUCAGGAAACAAAAAGCCCUAGAAGCAGAAUUAGAUGCUCAGCAUUUAUCAGAAACUUUUGACAAUAUUGACAAUUUGAGUCCCAAGGCAUCUCAUCGUAGUAAGCAAAGGCACAAGCAGAGUCUCUACGGUGACUAUGUUUUUGACACCAAUCGACAUGAUGAUAAUAGGCCAGACAAUUUUAAUACUGGAAACAUGACUGUCCUUUCACCAUAUUUAAAUACUACAGUGUUGCCCAGCUCCUCUUCAUCAAGGGGAAGUUUAGAUAGUUCUCGUUCUGAAAAGGAUAGAAGUUUGGAGAGAGAACGAGGAAUUAGCCUAGGCAACUACCACCCAGCAACGGAAAAUUCAGGAAGCUCUUCAAAGCGAGGUUUGCAGAUUUCCACCACUGCAGCCCAGAUUGCCAAAGUCAUGGAGGAAGUAUCGGCCAUUCAUACCUCCCAGGAAGACAGAAGUUCUGGGUCUACCACCGAAUUACAUUGUGGGACAGACGAGAGGAAUGCACUGAGAAGAAGCUCUACUGCCCACACACAUGCAAAUACUUACAACUUCACUAAGUCAGAAAAUUCAAAUAGGACGUGUCCUAUGCCUUAUGCCAAGUUGGAAUAUAAGAGAUCUUCAAAUGAUAGUUUAAAUAGUGUCAGUAGUAGUGAUGGUUAUGGUAAAAGAGGUCAAAUGAAACCUUCAAUUGAAUCCUAUUCUGAAGAUGAUGAAAGUAAAUUUUGCAGCUAUGGUCAAUAUCCAGCUGACCUAGCACAUAAAAUACAUAGUGCAAAUCAUAUGGAUGAUAAUGAUGGAGAACUAGAUACACCAAUAAAUUAUAGUCUUAAAUAUUCAGAUGAGCAAUUGAACUCUGGAAGGCAAAGUCCUUCACAAAAUGAAAGAUGGGCAAGACCCAAACAUAUAAUAGAAGAUGAAAUAAAACAAAGCGAGCAAAGACAAUCAAGGAGUCAAAGCACAACUUAUCCCAUAUAUACUGAGAGCACUGAUGAUAAACACCUCAAGUUCCAGCCACAUUUUGGACAGCAAGAAUGUGUUUCCCCAUAUAGGUCAAGAGGAGCCAAUGGUUCAGAAACAAAUCGAGUAGGUUCUAAUCAUGGAAUUAAUCAAAAUGUAAGCCAGUCUUUGUGUCAGGAAGAUGAUUAUGAAGAUGAUAAACCAACCAACUAUAGUGAACGCUACUCUGAGGAAGAGCAGCAUGAGGAAGAAGAGAGACCAACAAAUUAUAGCAUAAAAUACAAUGAAGAAAAACAUCAUGUGGAUCAGCCUAUUGAUUAUAGUUUAAAAUAUACCACAGACAUUCCUUCCUCACAGAAACCAUCAUUUUCAUUUUCAAAGAGUUCAUCCGGACAGAGCACUAAAACUGAGCACAUCUCUUCAAGCAGUGAGAAUACAUCUACCCCUUCAUCUAAUGCCCAGAGGCAGAGUCAGCUCCAUCCAAGUUCAGCGCAGGGCAGAAGUGGCCAGACUCAGAAAGCCGCCUCCUGCAAAGUUCCCUCCAUCAACCAAGAAACCAUACAGACUUACUGUGUAGAAGAUACUCCAAUAUGUUUUUCAAGGUGUAGUUCACUAUCGUCUUUGUCAUCAGCUGAGGAUGAAAUCGGAUGUGAACAGACGACACAGGAAACAGAGUCUGCCAGUACUCUACAAAUAGCAGAAAUAAAAGAAAGCAGUGGAACUAGAUCUACUGAAGAUUCUGUGAGUGAAGUUCCAGCAGUGUCACAGCAUGUUAGAACCAAAUCCAGCAGACUCCAGGCUUCUGGUUUAUCUUCAGAAUCAACCAGGCACAAAGCUGUUGAAUUUUCUUCAGGGGCCAAAUCUCCAUCAAAAAGUGGUGCUCAGACACCUAAAAGUCCACCAGAGCACUACGUUCAGGAGACUCCACUCAUGUUUAGCAGAUGCACUUCUGUCAGUUCCCUUGAUAGUUUUGAGAGUCGUUCAAUUGCCAGCUCUGUUCAGAGUGAACCCUGCAGUGGAAUGGUAAGUGGCAUUAUAAGCCCCAGUGACCUUCCAGAUAGCCCUGGACAAACCAUGCCACCAAGCAGAAGUAAAACCCCUCCUCCUCCUCCUCCUCCUCAAACAGUUCAAACUAAGCGAGAGGUACCUAAAAAUAAAGUACCUAAUGCUGAAAAAAGAGAAAGUGGACCUAAGCAAGCUGCUGUAAAUGCUGCAGUUCAAAGGGUCCAGGUUCUUCCAGAUGCUGAUACUUUAUUACAUUUUGCCACAGAAAGUACUCCAGAUGGAUUUUCUUGUUCAUCUAGCCUAAGUGCACUGAGCCUCGAUGAGCCAUUUAUACAGAAGGAUGUGGAAUUAAGAAUAAUGCCUGCAGUUCAGGAAAAUGACAAUGGGAAUGAAACAGAAUCUGAGCAGCCUGAAGAAUCGAAUGAAAACCAGGAAAAAGAGACAGAAAAACCUACCGAUUCUGAAAAAGAUUUAUUAGAUGAUUCAGAUGAUGAUGAUAUUGAAAUACUAGAAGAAUGUAUUAUUUCUGCCAUGCCGACAAAAUCUUCACGCAAAGCCAAAAAGCCAGCCCAGACUGCUUCAAAAUUACCUCCACCGGUAGCAAGGAAACCAAGUCAACUGCCUGUGUACAAACUUCUGCCAUCACAAAACAGGAUACAAGCACAAAAGCAUGUUAGUUUCACACCAGGAGAUGAUAUGCCACGGGUGUAUUGUGUAGAAGGGACACCUAUAAACUUUUCCACAGCUACAUCUCUAAGUGAUCUAACAAUAGAAUCCCCUCCAAAUGAGUUAGCUGCUGGAGAAGGGGUUAGAGCCGGGGCUCAGUCAGGUGAAUUUGAAAAACGAGAUACCAUUCCUACAGAAGGCAGAAGUACGGAUGAGGCUCAAAGAGGAAAAGUCUCAUCUAUAACUAUACCUGAACUGGAUGACAAUAAAACAGAAGAAGGCGAUAUUCUUGCAGAAUGCAUUAAUUCUGCUAUGCCCAAAGGAAAAAGUCACAAGCCUUUCCGUGUGAAAAAGAUAAUGGACCAGGUCCAACAAGCAUCUACGUCUUCAUCUGGAAAUAACAAGACUCAAUUAGAUGGUAAGAAAACAAAACCUACUUCACCAGUAAAACCUAUGCCACAAAAUACUGAAUUUAGGACACGUGUAAGAAAAAAUGCAGACUCAAAAAAUAAUUUAAAUGCUGAAAGAACUUUCUCAGACAACAAAGAUUCAAAGAAACAGAACUUGAAAAAUAAUUCCAAAGACUUUAAUGAUAAGCUACCAAAUAACGAAGAUCGAGUCAGAGGAAGUUUUAGUUUUGAUUCCCCUCAUCAUUACACACCUAUUGAAGGAACUCCAUACUGUUUUUCACGAAAUGAUUCUUUGAGUUCUCUAGAUUUUGAUGAUGAUGAUGUUGACCUUUCCAGGGAAAAGGCUGAAUUAAGGAAGGGGAAAGAAAAUAAGGAGUCAGAAGCUAAAGUUACCAGCCACUCAGAACUAACCUCGAACCAACAGUCAGCUGAUAAGACACAAGCUGUUACAAAACAUCCAAUAAAUCGAGGUCACUCUAAACCCAUGCUACAGAAGCAAUCCACUUUUCCCCAGUCAUCCAAAGACGUACCUGACAGAGGGGCAGCAACUGAUGAAAAAUUACAGAAUUUUGCUAUUGAAAAUACUCCAGUUUGCUUUUCUCGAAAUUCCUCUUUAAGCUCUCUUAGUGACAUUGAUCAAGAAAAUAACAACAACAAAGAAAAUGAACCUGUCAAAGAGACAGAGCCCCCUGACUCACAGGGAGAACCAAGUAAACCUCAGGCAUCAGGUUAUGCUCCUAAAUCAUUUCACGUUGAAGAUACCCCUGUUUGUUUCUCAAGAAACAGUUCUCUCAGUUCUCUUAGUAUUGAUUCUGAAGAUGACCUGUUGCAGGAAUGUAUAAGUUCUGCAAUGCCAAAAAAGAAAAAGCCUUCAAGGUUCAAGGGUGAUAAUGAAAAGCAUAGUCCCAGAAAUAUGGGUGGUAUAUUAGCAGAAGAUUUGACACUUGAUUUGAAAGAUAUACAGAGACCAGAUUCAGAACAUGGUUUAUCCCCUGAUUCAGAAAAUUUUGAUUGGAAAGCUAUUCAGGAAGGUGCAAAUUCUAUAGUAAGUAGUUUACAUCAAGCUGCUGCUGCUGCAUGUUUAUCUAGACAAGCUUCAUCUGAUUCAGAUUCCAUCCUGUCACUGAAAUCAGGAAUCUCUCUGGGAUCACCAUUCCAUCUUACACCUGAUCAAGAGGAAAAACCCUUUACAAGUAAUAAAGGCCCACGAAUUCUAAAACCUGGGGAGAAAAGUACAUUGGAAACUAAAAAGAUAGAAUCUGAAAAUAAAGGAAUCAAAGGAGGAAAAAAAGUUUAUAAAAGUUUGAUUACUGGAAAAGUUCGAUCUAAUUCAGAAAUUUCAGGCCAAAUGAAGCAGCCCCUUCAAACAAACAUGCCUUCAAUCUCUCGAGGUAGGACAAUGAUUCACAUUCCAGGAGUUCGAAAUAGUUCUUCAAGUACAAGUCCAGUUUCUAAAAAAGGCCCACCCCUUAAGACUCCAGCCUCCAAAAGCCCUAGUGAAGGUCAGACAGCCACCACUUCUCCUAGAGGAGCCAAGCCAUCAGUGAAGUCAGAAUUAAGCCCUGUCACCAGGCAGACAUCCCAACCAGCUGGGUCAAAUAAAGGGCCUUCCAGAUCAGGAUCUAGAGAUUCCACUCCUUCAAGACCUGCCCAGCAACCAUUAAGUAGACCUAUGCAGUCUCCAGGGCGAAACUCAAUUUCUCCUGGUAGAAAUGGAAUAAGUCCUCCCAACAAAUUAUCUCAACUGCCAAGGACAUCAUCCCCUAGUACUGCUUCAACUAAGUCCUCAGGUUCUGGGAAAAUGUCAUACACAUCUCCAGGCAGACAGAUGAGCCAACAGAACCUUACCAAACAAACAGGUUUAUCCAAGAAUGGCAGCAGUAUCCCAAGAAGUGAGUCUGCAUCCAAGGGACUAAAUCAGAUGAAUAAUAGCAAUGGAUCUAAUAAAAAGGUAGAACUUUCUAGAAUGUCUUCAACUAAAUCAAGUGGAAGUGAAUCUGAUAGGUCAGAGAGACCCGUAUUAGUACGCCAGUCAACUUUCAUCAAAGAAGCUCCAAGUCCAACCCUAAGGAGAAAAUUGGAGGAAUCUGCUUCAUUUGAAUCUCUUUCUCCAUCUUCUAGGCCAGAUUCUCCCACGAGGUCCCAGGCACAGACUCCAAUUUUAAGUCCUUCCCUCCCUGAUAUGUCUCUAUCCAUGCAUUCAUCUGUCCAGGCUGGUGGAUGGCGGAAACUUCCACCUAAUCUCAGUCCCUCCGUAGAGUAUAACGAUGGAAGACCAGCAAAGCGCCAUGAUAUAGCACGCUCCCAUUCUGAAAGUCCUUCCAGACUUCCAAUCAACAGGUCAGGAACCUGGAAACGGGAGCACAGCAAACAUUCAUCAUCCCUUCCUCGAGUAAGCACUUGGAGAAGAACUGGAAGUUCAUCCUCAAUUCUUUCUGCUUCAUCUGAAUCCAGUGAAAAAGCAAAAAGUGAAGAUGAAAGACAUGUGAACUCUAUUUCAGGAACCAAACAAACUAAAGAAAACCAAGUAUCCACAAAAGGAACAUGGAGAAAAAUAAAAGAAAGUGAGAUUUCCCCCACAAAUAGUACUUCUCAGACCACUUCCUCAGGUGCUGUAAAUGGUGCUGAAUCAAAGACUCUCAUUUAUCAAAUGGCACCUGCUGUUUCUAAAACAGAGGAUGUUUGGGUGAGAAUUGAGGACUGUCCCAUUAACAACCCUAGAUCUGGACGAUCUCCCACAGGAAAUACCCCCCCAGUGAUUGACAGUGUUUCAGAAAAGGGAAAUUCACAUGCUAAAGAUUCAAAAGAUAAUCAGGGAAAGCAAAAUGUAGGUAAUGCCAGUGCUCCCGGACGCAUCAUGGGUUUGGAAAACCGCCUGAACUCUUUUAUUCAGGUCGAUGCCCCAGACCAAAAAGGAACUGAGGCAAAACCGGGACAAAGUAAUCCUGUCCCUGCCUCAGAGACUAAUGAAAGUUCUAUAGCUGAGCGAACCCCAUUCAGUUCUAGCAGCUCAAGCAAACACAGUUCACCUAGUGGGACUGUUGCUGCCAGAGUGACUCCUUUUAAUUACAACCCAAGCCCUAGGAAAAGCAGCGCAGAUAGCACUUCGGCCCGGCCGUCUCAGAUCCCAACACCAGUGAACAACAACACAAAGAAACGAGAUUCAAAAACUGACAGCACAGAAUCUAGUGGAGCUCAAAGUCCUAAGCGCCAUUCUGGGUCUUACCUAGUGACGUCUGUUUAAAAGAGGUAGAAUGAUGAAACUAAGAAAAUUAUGUGUGAAUUACAACUGCUAUGUAGAAAUUUUGUUUCAAAUGAAACUUUAAAAGAAACUGAAAGUGUUUGUAAAUAGGUUUGAUCCUUGUUAGAGAGUUUUUGUUCUGGAAGCCAUAUUUGAUAGUAUACUUUGUCUUCACUGGUUAUAUUUUGGGAGGCACUCUUGAUAGUUAGGAAGAAAAUGGUAAAGCCAAGUAUAUUUGUACAGUAUGUUUUACAUAUAUUUAAGUAGCUUCCCAUCCCAUCAUCCUUUAAUUAUUGCUUGUCUUAAAAUAAUGAACACUACAGAUAGAAGAUAUGAUAUAUUGCUGUUAUCAAUCAUUUCUAGAUUAUAAACUGACUAAACUUACAUCAGGGAGAAAUUGGUAUUUAUGCAAAAAACCAUUAUGUUUUAGUCCUUGUGAGUCCAUCUAACAUAAUUAAUCAUGUGGCUGUGAAAUUCACAGUAAUAUGGUUCCCAGUGAACAAGUUUACCCAGCCUGCUUUGCUUUACUGCAUGAAUGAAACUGAUGGUUCAAUUAACAGUUCUGUGGUCACAUGAUGUGCAUAUAGAUAGCUACAGUGUAACAAUUUACACUAUUUUGUGCUCAAAACAAAAAAAUCUGUGUAACUGUAAAACAUUGAAUGAAACUAUUUUACCUGAACUAGAUUUUAUCUGAAAGUAGGUAGAAUUUUUGCUAUGCUGUAACUUGUUGUAUAUUCUGGUAUUUGAGGUGAGAUGGCUGCUCUUUUAUUAAUGAGACACGAAUCGUGUUUCAACAGAAACUAAAUGAACAUUUCAGAAUAAAUUAUUGCUGUAUGUAAACUGUUAACUGAAAUUGGUUUUUGUUCGAAGGGUCUUAUUUCACAUUUGUAUUAUUGUCCAAAGGGCCUCUUUUAAAAGCUUAUAUAAAUUUUUUCAUCAAAUUCUAUGCAUUAAGAGUAAAAUUCCUCCUAUUGUAAUAAAAACAAUUGAAGCUGACUGUUGGCAUUUAACCAUUCUAUGCAUUGGCACUUAACCAUUCCUGAAAUUUAUUUUUCUUAUAUGUGAUCAGCAGUUACUAAUGUUUAAUAUUUUUCCACUUAAACUUUUUUUCUUACUCCACUGGAGUUGAUUUAGAACAGAUUCAUUUAAUAGCUGUGUAAACCGCCUAGCGUGGAAUUAGGCAUUGAACGUAAUAGGCCCAUAGAAUACUUCUUUUUUCUUAAGAGAAUUCUAUACUUGAAAAAUUAAUUGAUUAUUCUUAGGUAUAAGUAGUCUCUUCCAAGCCUGUCUUGGAAUGUAACUGUCUUGUCCCUUCAUCUUCUCCCUGUUGCUACUGAGUCUGGAAUAAAAACUAUUUAUUACCCUAUAUAUUGUGGCAAAAUUCCAGCAGCCAAGUAUAAUCAGCACUUUGUCAUGCUCAGAAAAUGCGAGUCGCCUGGAACAGCAAAAGUAGAUUUAAUACCAAUAAGAAAUGCAAGAGAUGGUUUAAACCCCCUUGCCUGUUAAGGAAAACUUUGUUUUUGAUGGGUAGACUGCAGGGUAUUUGUUCGAAUGCCGCCUUCCUCACAGGACAGAGAGAAUCCUCCUUCAGGAAGGAAGAUAAACUGGUACACUUAAUAACAAAGAUAAGUUAAUAUAUCUUCCCAGAAUUUGUUCUAAAAGAUCAGAGGGUGAGGAUGAAGAUAAAUGCUCACAGAUUUGUUGAAUAAAUGAAAAUUUAUUUUUAGUGACAAAAUGUAUGCACUCUGCAUUUGGGGAAGGGAAAAGAUACUUAGGUAUGGUGGGGCACUGGGAAAAGAGGAUGAGGAGGAGUAAGCACAUCUAUCUGGUGUCCUGGAAAUCACAUCAUGUAGUUAAUUAUCUAGCACUUACCUGUGUUUAUCACUUACAGGAAGUGAGGCUGAUUUUUUUUAACUAAAAUGCCAGUAAAUAUAGUGCUGUGAUUUGAAGGAAUGCAUUUUACCCCAAAGCCCAUACUCUUUCCACUGGACCACUUUGCAAACACCUCAAUUUACUGAUUUUUGGAAUAUAUCUGCAUUUAAAUUUUUGUCAAAUUUUAUCUGAAAUAGUUUGUGAAUAAUAAUACUAAUUUAUUCUAUUUCUGUUUCUCAAAGCCUGCCUUAUUCAACAUGGAUACAUGCAUAUAGGUCAUAUUUCUUUCCUCUUUUAGUCCUGAUUUUCUGUUUUUCUGAAUUAUUGCAUACAUAACAGUACUUAUUUAAGUACUUUUAUGGAAAGAGAUGAGAUGUAAGUCUAUUAGAAUAAAAUCGCCUUUUUCAAGUAAGGAAAAAACAUCAAUCCUGGAAAUAAAAAACGAGUGCCUUGCACAUGCCAGAAAACUCAGGAAUUCCUGUAGGCAACACCUACUAGGAAAAGGGCCAGUCUACAUUGCCCAUGGAGGAAAAAGAUGCUGUGUGACACCCUCUAGUUAGAGACAAUGGCUCUGAAUUAGUAAAGGGGUAAAUCUCAAUUCUGCUUUUAGAAGUUUGCAGGGUGCCGCCGUAAGUGACAGCAGGCCAGAUAUCUCCAGCGUACGCUUGUUACAAAUGGCAUACUGAGCCCAGAGUUGGGAUUAGUUAAGAGUUGUGAUGCCUGUUAAGGGAAGUUGGGGGCUGUGCUCUAUCUAGCUUUGGACCGCAGCAAACAGAGCUCCUAAGGCGGUGGUUUUCAAACUAGAGUGCAUUUGAAUCACCAGAAGUGCUUAUUAAGACAUUAUUAAGAUGGGCCACACCCUCAGUUUCUGAUUCUGAGUGGGGCCCAAGAAUUUGCAAUUCUGACAAGUUCACAGGUGAUGCUGAUGCUCCCGGUCUGAGAACCACACUUUGAGAACUACUGCCCUGAGUUACAACAAGGGAGCUCCUUGAGUGUCUUCAGUUCUGGCUAGUCCUCUAUUCUUCUCAACAGCUGGACCUUUAAUCUGACAGUGUCUGCGAACAAACUUCUUUCUCCUUUGGGCUUGAAAGAUUUGAAUACUGAGCUAUACAUCUGAUAUAGCUCAUCUCAACUCCCAGUAGUGGACAAAUUCACCAGAUGUGAGUGAACAAGUGAUUCUGAAGACAAUGACUACAUUGGAGGGAUCGGCUAAUGCUCCCUUUGAAACAGAGUUAUAAAGGCAAUAAUUUCAGCAAAUAUCUAAUUUGGAUUUGCAAUAAGAUAAGAAGAAACUAUGAAAAGGGAACUUUAAAAUGAAGGAAGAUUGAUUUCGGGUGAAAGGAAAAUCUGCCUAUCUGUUAAUAUGCAGUGGGAGUAAUUAACAACCAAUUAACUAUGGCAUAUCAGAUUGGUAUUUAAGAGUAAACUUUACAAGUUACCUGGGCACUAAAAGGAAAGUUAAUGAGAGGGAAAAAAAUGAAAUAAAAGAUAAGCCCAUAAGCAUCAAAUGGCACUGUAAGUACAGUCAAAAAAAAUUUGACUUUUUAAAAUAUGAAACAAGGUUAAUUAAGUGAAGGGAUGAUUCUGUUGCUGAGGAUGGGAGUACUAUAUCUGAAUUCAUGUUAUCACAGGAUUUCUUUAUAUCUAAAAUAGGAAAAGAACAGAGUACUAGAAAUGCAAAAAAAUUGCCAAGAGCUGAAGAAAGAUUUGAGUAGUCAGAUCAUUAAAAUUUACCAAACAAAAAUGAUUUUUCAAAAGUCAUAGUGGCUACAAUAGAGUAUAUAAAUUAUUUUUAAAUUUAUAAUAAGCAUAUUUCACUCAUAUUAUGCUGACUUUAAAAUGCUGCUUUAUAGUGCUGAAACCUGUGGACUCUGACUCCUGUAACACCAGGUCCUUUUCUUACCGUUCCCCUAACUGUUUGUUCUGUGUUCUAGAAAACUAUAUUCUGGUUUUCAUUAGGCCAUUGAUACUUCUUUCAACUUGUUUCUAUGUGUAUAAUAUUGUUUUUGGUGCUAAAUACACUUUCUUUCCUCUGAUAUUCAGUAUAAUUCUUUCUCUACAUUUGUGACCACUCACUUAUUUUCUUGAAGUUAUGUGAUUGUUACUUUUUUAAUUAAAAAUACUCAACUUUAGGUAUACUAGUGAAGGUGACUAUUGAAUAAAAAGCCACAUUAGUGAAAAAUAACUAUUGAGAACAAUGCCAAAUAUUAUCUGCCCCACCUCCACCAUCUUUUGGAAUCCCAAACACUUAGCCUCACUAGUUGGUCACUGAACCACGUACACAGUCUUUCUCCCUGACCCAGGGGAGACUCAACAUCAGCUGGCCAGUGACCGAAGAAUUGAAUGGCCUGGCUUUAAAAAAAAAAGACUGGCCCAAUCAUUUUGAAGUAAGAAUCACAAAAGAAAUUUCUGGUUGGUGAUUGAGGGCUGGAGCUGAAAGAUCUUGUAGAGUUAAGGCUGUGGUUGUUAUGGUUGGCAUCAUGAAGCUAAAAGUAAGUGAAAGCCAGCCAGUAGGGAAAGAGAAGGGAGCAGAUAGAGGACGGAGGCAUCGACAGCAAGUGGGGAGACAGAGGCACUAGCUUCUGGCGUUACCUCAGUCCCUGCCAUUUCUGGGACUCAGUUCUACUUUUCCUUGUGUUUGGGGCAUUUGUGAACUUCUAAACCCACUUUGUUCCUGAAGUAACUUGAAACUAACAAAAAACUGCAUUUUGACACAGCUUAGUGAGUUGUUAAUUUCAAAGAUAGAGAACACUUUCUAAAAACAUCUGUGGGGAGAGAGGAGUAGGUUCCCUACCAAAAAAAUUAAGUUGGCAUCAGUUUCUUCUCUGUAAUACUGAAUGCCAAAAAAGAAAAACAUCAAAACAAUGAAGAAUAUAUGCAGCAUUUGGAAGGGAACAGAAAUAUUACCUAAGAAUUCUGAAACCAGCCAAACUAGCAUUUAAUUCAUCUUAAGUACUUGUAUUCUUCAGAAUUCUUAAUAAUUGUAAGCAAUAAGACCUUCUCUAAAAGAAAAGACGUUCAUUUAAGGAAUAUUAGGUAGCUCACAGGAUCUAUAUGACGGCCAGAAAUUCAGUCUUGGAAAUUAGACAGUGGAAACAAUACCCAAACCAUACUGUGAGGCUGCUUCGUUAAAAACCCAGCUGCUGCCCCUAAACCCUGGAACCCUCUGACACAUCCUCGCUGUAAAACAAGGUUACUUGCUUCCUCACACUGCUCGCUUCUGAAGUUUUUCUUGGGUGGACAUGAUUGGUAGAGUCAUGUGUUGGAUUCAUAAAACAUGAAUUCCCCAAAUAUGUGAGGGUCAUUUCAAAAGCAGUAGGCAACCAGAAACCAUGACGUAUUUGUAGCUCAGUAUUCCUGCUGCCCAAGGAAUUAAAAUAAAUGGAAAGGUUUUAAGGAAACAAUUUGAGCAAUAAAACUUUAAUCUUGAAUAAACGUGUAAAUAAUUGUGGUUAAUCUGAUAACCUCAAUGUGAAUGUCCAUGUAACUAAAACUGAAAAGAUGAAAUACUUAAUAAUUUUAAUAACCUUAAAUUCCACAUUAUUCCAGCCCAAACCAGGAAACAAGAUUUAGAAGGGAAGGAACAUGUAAAAGCCUGCUAAAUUUCUAAUCUUAUGAAGGCAGUGUCAAGAGAUACUAUUUUACUUUUGACUUGGAGAAACACAUUCAAUUUUUUAAUUUAGUGGUAACCCCAAUGUUAAAAAGAAAUAAAAUUUCCCACCUAAAUCACUAGCCAAAAGAUAACAACUAAGAAUACUUAAACAAGAUAUCUAAGAUUAGGAGAAAUGGCAGAGGGAGAAUUAGCCACACAAAGAAGCAUAAAAUGACAGAGUAAUACCAAAUAAUACAUGGAUUAAACACAUACAGUGAAAUAACCACUCUCAGAUUGGAGUCAAGUGAAAAAUCCUCCAACUAUAUACCGUUAACAAAAGACACACUUAAAAUGAUCCAGAAACCAUAAAACUAAAAGUACAGCCACACUUGCACAGGCAAAUGCAAAGAAAGGAGUAUAAUGGCAACUUUAUAUCAGACAAAGUAUAAUUCUGGAUAAAAGCAUCAAACAUAAUGAAAAGAAGAUGAACAGUUAUGAUGCUUUCCUUAAAUGUCAAAUACAGCAUCAAAUGUAUGAAACAAAAUUACAAAUACAAAAACUGACAAAAACCAUGGAACCAGUGAGACAGUGUUUGACAGAUGACUUAGUCUAUACAAAACAAAAGGAGAAGUUAUUAUUUAAAACUACAACUUCAUUCUGAAAAGGGUGGAUCUUAAAGGAAGUUUCUCAGAAGGUCCUUUUCUUUACCUGAGGACCUGGAUGGGUUUGGGAUCCAAAAAGCUAAGCCUGGAGUUUAGGUGGAAGGAGAGUUAGAGAAAAUUUCACAGGUUUGCUUAAGAGAGGCAAGAAUUUGGGAUUCUUGGGGAGCUCCAGGAAUUGGGGGCUGAGGAGCAGAGAUGGGGAGGCCAGAAGGAAAGAGGAGUCAGCAAAAUGGUGCCAAGUCAAGGUCUAUGUCGGGUAGCAUGGCCAGUGAAGACCCUAGUGAUGCAGUGGCUAAAAGGACCUUAGAAACGGUAAUGUACACUAUGUCAGUUGGAACCCUAAGUUCUUUGCAAAAUCUUUGUUCCAGUAUUAAUGUAUUGACUUGUUUUUAGUUUUCAGAAUAUUUUCUUAACAAUUGCAAUUAGCUUCACCAUCACAUUAUCAAUAAUUAAAUCUAAGUAUAAAUUAGAUUUAAAUGUUGACCAUUGUUUCCUCUACAUUACAUGCCUUUCACUUUCUUCAAUUCUUUAUGUUAUUAUAAUUUGACUUAGCUGGAGUAUGUCCUCAAAUAGUUAUUUUCUUCCAGAAAAGCUAAGCUGGGGAUAUACUUUCUAAAUGCUUGCUUGUUUAAAAUUGGGUUUUUUCCCCUUAGACAAAGGAUAAUUUGGGUCACAAUUUUGGUCACAAUUCUUUUUCCUCAAAACUCUUAACUUCUAAUGUUUACUGUGGCUAAGAAAUUCAAAUGUCAGUCUGAGUUUUAUUCCAUUAUAGAUAACUUUUAUUUCCUACGUUGCUGUUUGUAGGGUUUUGUUUUUAUCCUUGAA